AUGGUGAAGUAUUUCCUGGGCCAGAGCGUGCUCCGGAGCUCCUGGGACCAAGUGAUCGCGGCCUUCUGGCAGCGGUACCCGAAUCCCUAUGGCAAAGAUGUCUCAAUGGAAGACAGUGCGACCUCUGACCAGAAGCUUCUGUCCCGACAACUCCUGACCAAGACGAACAGGAUGCCCCCCUGGGCUGAGAGACUGUUUCCUGCCAAUGUUGCUCACUCAGAGUACAUCCUGGAGGAUUCUACUGUGGCCCCAGAAAACCAGACCAGGACCACCUUCACCUGGAACAUCAACCACGCCCGGCUGAUGGUGGUGGAGGAACGAUGUUUCAAAAGCAACGUGACCAAGACUAUGAAGGGUUUUGAAUACACCUUGGCCAAGCUGCAAGGUGAGGUCCCUCCCAAAACCCUUGUUGAAACAGCCAAGGAAGCCAAGGAGAAGGCCACCGAGACAGCACUGGCAGCUACAGAGAAGGCCAAGGACCCUGCCGGCAAGGCAGCCAACGAGCAGCAGCAGCAGUUCGUGUGGCCAGCCCAGGCCCCAGACAGCAGCCUAGCAGACUACCGGCUCCAGUCCCUGUGGUCCCCCUCCUGUGCUUUAUUAUUAGAAGCCAGCUUCCAGCCCUGUCGCCUGUCUGGGUGGUGGGCUGGGGUUUCUGAGAGCAGCUCCUCUCAGCUCCAAGUCCCCAUGGCUGCUGCCACUGCCAUGGCAGCCAUCGCUGACUCUGCACCAGGCCGCCGGGCCAUGGCCACAGCCACCGCCACCAGCACCGCCUUGGACCCACCCGCUGCUGAGGCUGCUCCUGCAGCAGCGGCCAUCUUGUUGGGCUGCCUCCUUUUCCUGCUCCAUCCUGUUGCUCGUUGA